GUCUUGUUUUGCAGAUGAAGGAGCGGACAAGAAAAUGUAUCGUCAAGAUCGAAUGGAAUUUGAAUUAUGUUUUGAGAGACACUGUUAAAAGACAGAUACAGUCUUAAUUGUAUGAAAGGCACUGAAUAAUCAUCAUAAAAGGGCAUGAUGGCUGAAAAUAAGCAAACUUGGGAUGCAGGUGGAGGUAAGGAUCUCAGUACUGAAGAAUGCAGUCAGCAAGAAGCAAAGUUUAGACAGAUGCAGGAGUAUAUACCGUUUCUUGAAACAAUGAUAUCAAAAUUAGAGCGUACACGUGAUAAGUCUCGAGAGGCACAGCUUUCAAAAAUGAAAAGCUUGCAUGCCGUCCUCACAAAUUCUAAGAAAAUGCUGAAGAUUGAGACACUGAUGAAGUGUGAGGAAGUUCUGAAGAAGCUGAGGGAGAAGGUUGACAAGGUUCCAGGUAUACAGGAGAGCCUCAGUGCAGGAACUAAGCAAGAAAAUGCUACUGUUGGUGGCGAAUUAACCAAAAGUGCAAGUACAAGGGAUAAGAGUGAGGCAGUGGUGAGCUCAACUACACCACAACCGUCAGCAUAUGUUGCACCAUUGAAGAAAGCUGUUGCUCGUGUUAGUGAUGAUUCACCAAGUCGCAUGUCACCUGUGCCUACUGUCACCAGCAGCCAGAGUGAUAACUGUGUUUCAUCUACAGAAACCAGACUCCCAGAAGACAUACUUGCUCAAAGCAGAGAGAAGCUAACAAAAAUUAUAGAUAUUUCAAGUGAUAAUUCAUCAGACAUAGAAUGGAUUUAUGACAGGCGCAAAGAUGUCCUGAGCGGAAAGGAAAAAGCAUUGAAGAAUGCCUCGGUUUCAAAGUUACUGUCGUAUGACAUUGCUUCAGCUAUGGACUGGGUAUGUGAAACUGACAAAUCUUCAGUAAAUAAAAACACACCUUUAUCCCAGUCAUUGAGCAUUACUUAUAAUAUCUCCAAAUACAGUGAUAGGGCAAGUAAAAGUACACAUGAACUGCAGGCCAGUAAGCACUUCUGGGAUUCACAUAGUGAGAACAAAUUAAGUACAGUAGAAGAGUCAAGAGAUGCAGCAUCAUGUACAGAAGAAAGGGAAAAUAAUUCAUCAUCAGCAUAUAAUUAUGAAGGGCAGUCUCUUCUGAGUGAAGAUGAGAACACAGCUUCAAAGAAAGAUGAAGGUGUUACUUCAAGAUCAUUACGUGCAAAACUUGAAGAAGAAAUACAUAAAGUUCAUAGAGUGGGAGUGAGCACAGGUGGUGCGUUGAGGGGAUUGAUAAAUAAAGAUGACAGAAAAAUUUCACCUGUGAAGACUAAACCUGAAAAAUUGAAUAUUGAUACAUUGUCUCCUGCUCGAUCUUUAUUAGAAAAGGUAGAUAAAACGAGUUCCUGUUCGAAGGUACCUGAUCACAGUGCUGUUGAGGAAAAAACACCUUUAUUUUCACGAAGUCCCAGCAGGUUGGACAAAUGGAAAGGAUCUUCAGAUCCCAGGAAGCGACAAAGCAUUGAACAACCAAGUGUUGCAAAUACACCUGAUAGUGAUGCUGUAAAACAAGUGGAGCCAAAGUCAAAUGAAAAUAGUGACCCACGUCUGAAACUAGGGAGUGGAUAUGCUGUGAAGAAUUUUCAGACUACGCCACAGCCAAAUCAGAGUGAUAACAAAGGUAAAUCGCACAGUUUGCUGUCGUCAUUGAGUUCAGAGGAUUUGCAAAGGAUAGUGCAUGAAAAUCUUCAAAGCCUUCCUUCCCCUCCACCAAAUACAAAAGAAAUUUUGGAAACUGUUAAAGCAGCAAGUCCAAUGACUAACAAGUCUGUGAACAUAACACAUUCUAAUGUUUGCUCACCUGCACAUACCCCAGAAAGUUCUCAGCUUGCAUAUCCAGGGGGCUUUCGGCCCCAAGGUACUGCAUUCGGUCAGCAGCAAAUACAAGGAAGUGGGACUUAUGGGUACGAGAACUCUUUAGAGCAGCCUAACUCUACCAACAGGCCAGCACUUCUUCCAACACCAGGUAUACUUCCAAAACCAGGUAUUCCUCCAACAUUUGUUGGCACUCAAAGCCAUCCAGAUGUGAUGUAUGGUGCUGCAAGACAGAGAGAUGUAGAUGGUCUCAAAAUCACACAGCAUGGACAUCAGGGUGGCGUGGUAGACCCAAGACUUAAUGUUCACAGAUCAGGAGUUGUUGAGCAAAGAGUUAGUAAAGACCCCAGACUGAACACCACAGACUAUUCUCAGAGUAGUCCAGUAGAGCAGUGGCCAGGUUCACCAUGUUACGGAAUCCUGUCUCGUCCUGUGUCUGACGUUUCAGUGGUGGAGUACAACAGAGAGUCUGGACCAGUGCACCAUUCAGGCAGGCAAGUGGACCACAGAAGUAGAGACAGAUGCACAGCACCUGUUCAGCAGUUUUCUCCACAUGUUUCUCCUGCUCACAUGUGGCCAAAUCAGCAGCAGGCUGUGAUGCAGCAUCAACCAUAUGGUGGAAGAAGUGAUGCAUCAUACUUACAACAGCAUGCCCAUCAGUCACAAAUGGGACAUCCAGCUGCCAGUGCUAACCAAAAUAUGCCUUCUUCUUUUUAUGCCAGUAGAGCUUACAGGGCUCAAGGUGAACCUUCCCCUAGUCUUUUGGGCCCAGGACCAAUGUUGGGGAGAAGGGCUCCAAUCCUAUCAGAGAGAGAUCCAAGGAGACGAAGCAUAGAGGACACUGAUGCAGCCAGAAGUUCUCGACUCAUUGAAAGGAGACCAAGGACUCCUGACCCAAGGCACUCUAGAAGCCGUGACAGACGUUCAAGAAGCCGUGACAGGCGGCGUGAUGUGAGCAGUGACAGGCGGCGUGAUGUGAGCAGUGACAGGCGGCGUGAUGUGAGCAGUGACAGGCGGCGUGAUGCAAGCAGGGACAGGCGCCGUGAUGUUAGCUGUGACAGGUGGCGUGAUGGAAGUAAUGACAGGAAGCGUGAGAGUAGUGAUAGGAGGCAUGGUGACAGUAGUGACAGGAGACGGGAUGAAAGGCAUUCGGAGUCUUUGAGUAAGAGCGAGAGGGACUCACAGAGGGGCAAAACUGGAGCAAAAGAAAUCAUUUCACCACUCAAUAGCUUGUACGAUGAUUCUUCUGUUCCCAAAACAGGUAAAGGGUAUGGUUUUCAGCAUUUCAGAAUACCAAAAAUCAAACGUGAUCCACCUCAUGUACAUAGGUCAAGGUCACCAGUUCCUGUUACAAAGUCUGAGGAGGAAAGGAGUUCUGUUAGAACAAAGGUUGAUGAAACAUCUGCUGAUGAAAAGCCGUUGAGACCCACUGUAGUAGAUCCAGUGGAAAGUACAGAAAAAGGAGCUGCUGAAAAUUCAGUGAAAGCGGAAUCUAUUGACAUUACUGAGACAUGUCCAAAGAAAACUGAAGAAUUAACACAGGAACUUAUCGAAAGUUUCAUUCGUAGAUCUUUUGAAUGUGGUGAAGGGAAAAAGUUAUUGGAUAAUGCCAUUUUCUUGGAAAAUUUGAAUGAGAAGCUGAAAGCUAAGAAGUUACAGAAAAUAAAGCGUAUCUUGGAGUCUGAUUCUGAUGACAGUGAUUCUGAUAGCAGUGGAAAAAGCAAGAAGAACACAAAAGCUAAACAAAACAAAAAGAAAGAUUCUGAUGAAGAUGAUGGUGGUGAUGAUGUAAAGGAGGAUAAAAAAAAGACAAGACGACGACGGGUUAUUGUCUCUGACGAAUCGGAUGAGGAUAAUGAUGAUGUGGGUGACAAUAAGACCACAGUGAAGCAACAUGAGAAAAGUGAAGUAAAUGAAGAUGACACAGAGGAUGAGAAGCCACUUUCUGAGUUAUCAAAAGUAAAAAAUGCUGAGGAGGAGAAAAGGAAACCAAAGUCAGCAAUGAUUAGUCCUAAAACAAAGGCUAAAACUAAGAAGAAAGUUACUAUAGAUGUAAAAGAAUCAGAUAAAAACAGAGAUAAGCAAAAUGUUGAAGAACAAAAGAGUUCCGAAAAUGAAAGUGGUUGUGAUGGAAAGAGUACAGAGAAGAAAGGCAGAGGUGUAAAACAAAUGAAAAAACAUAGACGUCGUUCUCCAUUAGAGCUUCUGCAGGAAGACAUAAGAGAAAUGUUUAUCAGUGAAGGAGUAGUGACAGCAACAGGUUACAGAAUGUGCAGACUUUUAAAAGAAGUUAAGCCUGGUAUGUCUAUAGAGGAGGUAUCAAAAACUGAAGCAAAGCGUAUGCAAGAAGAAGCAGAAAUGGAAUGUGAGAAUUUCUCAAAAACAAGGAGACAGAGAGGCAGACGCAAAACUAUAACAGACUUUUCAGAUGAUGGUUAUGAUGAGGAUGAAGAAGAUGAUGAUUAUGAAUAUAAUUCCAAAGAAUUUAAAGCAAAACCUGGACGAAAGAAGAAGUAUGACCAUCAGAAGCACCAGUAUGAACAGUCAAAAAAUCAACUGAAAGUAGUACUUCAGAAGACUUGUGCACCAAAAAUGGAUUUGAAAGAUGUUAAAUCAGAAGAUGGAGAAAAUCUCUCACAAACUGUAUCUCUCACGGCAGAGGAGUGCAGAAGGCUAGCUAGAAGUGUGUGGAGAUGGGCUAGCACACAAAUUCCAUCCAGAGAAGAUGAAGAGAUUGAUGUUAGUGAAAGAAAGAGUACUGUAUCUGCUAAAGCUUCUGAUCAUCAAUCUGCAUACGAGUAUGUUGAAACGCAGGACCCAUUCUGUUUCAAGAGGACAAGCUGCAAGAGAAGAACAAAGCCUCGAACUAUAAAGAUUGAGGAUGUCAUCAAAAAGCUAACAGAAAACGCUUUUGGUGAAACAUGUAAAGAGCAGGAUGUUGCUGAACCCUGUGCUAGUAGUGGAGCUGCACAAAGUAUUGAUGAUGUUGAGAAUGAAACUACAAAUGAUACUUCUUUGAAGAACACAAAGUUACUGGAGAGACAAGAGACUGAACAAUUUGGUAACAAAAAGCCAGUUACUCCCAGGAAAUCCAAAAAAAAGAAAGCGAGUGCUUGGCAGUUGGGUAUAAUUAAGAAGAAGUCUGUACAUAAAUGCAAGUUUGACAGAUCUGAUUUGUCAAAGAGCCCAGCAUCUUUUUCAGUUGAUGACAGUGAUCUAGAGUCAAAAUUGGGUGAUGACUUAAUUGCUGAUAAAGAGAAAACUGAUACUAUUAGGCAGGGAUGCUCAGAGGAAAAUGGUAAGAUUAAGACUCCACGGGAAAAUCUUUCGGACAUUUCUAAUGAGAAGAGCAAGUUUGAGUGUGUUCAGAUGAAAAACGAGUGUCUGUCUGAUGACAUUAAGACAAGCGAUCUUGAAGUAUCCAAACGUGACGAGGAGAAUGUAGGGCCCGAGCUAAAAUUAGAUUCCCUUAAGAGCAAAGGAAACAAAUCUGAAACAAAACAAGUGGACAUUUCGCAAGAGGCUUAUAAUAGUCACAGAGAACAUGCAGUGGAUAAAAUGUACGCAUUUGAUGGAAGCCCAAAAUAUCCCUGCAAGCUUUGCUCAUAUUUUGGGAGAGGCAUUACUAAUCAUUAUAAAACACAACACCCAAACAGUGAAGUAUAUAUAUCUAGGCUGAAUCUUGCUGAAGCAGCUAUUGCAGUAUCUUCUUCACAAAAGACUGAGUUUGAUGAUUGUGCUACUCAAACUAGUGGUGACAGAAGCAGAAAACAAUCUUUAUUUAAGUGUCGAAUGUGUGAUCUGAUAACAAAUAAGGUAAACACUUUCUAUGAUCAUCUUACCACUCAUACUGGAGAAUAUCGGUAUGAGUGUGAUGUAUGUCAAUUUACUGCAGCCUCAAGACCAAAUUUUAAGUCACAUUUUCUCACUCACCACCCAGGCUUUGAUAUAAAGACUAACAUCUUGCAUACUGUAAAUAAUACUGAGCGCAUUGUAUUUGGAUAUAUAUGUACAGCCUGUAAUUUUGUGCAGAUCGAAAAGAAAAAUGUAGAGAAACAUGUAGAGAUGGCACACUCAGAUUCUGAUUUUAGUGAUUCACAGUUACCAAAAGUGCUGCUUAUUAAUAUGUCAAAACAUAGUACUGACGUUCCUGACACCGAUGGUGAUCAAGAGGAGUCAAGUUUAAGUCCUACAAAACAGGAGAUUGAUGAAUACCCAAACAGCAAGUUAGAAAAUGUUGAUUGUGAAGUAUCUGGUGACCUGUGCAAAAUUGCACCUAAAGGUGUGAAAACAAAUAUCAGUGAUGAUAAAUGUGAUGAAAACAAUAGUAAUGCUUUGUCACAUGUAUCGGAAUCAGCAAUAGAUGAUUUUACAAAUGCUAAUGUCAAUUCUGAAGUUGGUGUAAAUAAUGAACCUGAAGAAACAGCUGCUGCUGUGUCAAACAGUGAUGCUGUAAUAACUAAAAAUGCUGAAAGCAGUGAAGCAAAUAAACUGCCAGGUGUUGAUCAUAAAGAAACUUGUGAUGAUGUACCAGAAGAAAACCAUAAGGAAGAGACUGUCAGUACUGAAGAUAGUAAUUCCACCAGAUCUCGUGUUACAAAUGUGGAGGAACCUAAAGUGGUUCAGUGUGAAGCAGUGGUCGAUACUCGUGUACAAAUAAAAGACAGUGAUCAUAUUAGAAAUGAGACUAAUACUACCAUUUGUGAAGUUGCAAGUGUAAAGGAGGCCACACCUGUUCAGAUUGAAAAUACAAAUAAUGCUUGUGAAGAAGAGAGCAUUAAAACUGCUACAAGUGAAAUGCAGAUUAUGGAUAAAACUACAGCUGCUGAUCAGAAUACAAUGGUGAAUAAUUCUUCUGCAAAAGAGUGCACUGAAGUUAGCAAAGAUGAAGUUCCAAAUUUGGAGAGUGUUGCACCAACACAUAAUGAAACAGAAAGUGGCCCUGUACAAGAAAGCAGUACUAAUGAGGGUGGUACUGAUGAUGAACAUGAUAGUACACCUCCACUUGAGAAUGCUGUAUCCAUACACGAGGAAAUGAAUGCCAUUUUGAAGAUUCAAAAUAAUUUGAAUCCACCUAGAACUGCUUCAGGUUCCGAAGAGAAUGAGAAGUCUUCAUUUAUUGGUGUUGUAGACGAGACAGAAGAAAAUAGAAAACGAAGAAUAAGUGCAUUUGUUCCAUCGGAUACAACUGAUCAACAUGAAGAAAUGCUACAUAAUGAAAGAUACAAGACAAUGGAGGCUAUAACUCAGAGCUUAAAAUUCAAACCGGUGAUUAAAUCGAGCAUUGAUGUUUUAAUAGAAUCCAUUGAUAUUCGUAAAAAGCAGGAAGAGUCCACAAAUACCAUAUCAGAGCCAGAGUGUGUCUCCGAAAAUUCCACUGCACAGAACAACCCAGAUGUUGUAAAGAGUAAUGGUGAGGGUGACGAAUCAACUCUGAUUGAUGAGAGGCGUGCCCUUGAGGCGGCCCAAGCUGUGAAGUGCUCGGAUGUUGAUUGCACAGAAUCUAACAGGGUAGUACCUCAGAAAUCGAAGGAUGAUCCUUAUAGUGAGCAAGAAAUUCUUGAUGAUGACGUAAUUAAACAUUCAGAUAGUUCAUUAUUUGAUAAAAUUUUCUCACCAGCUCUUAAUAAAAUCCAGAAGAAAGAAUUGAAGAAGCAGUCAACAGUGAAGGUGGGUGUUACAAGUUCUAACUAUACAAGUUCACCAGCUGAGGGAGAUGCUGUAGAAAUUGAGCUGCUUAGUGAGGAUAAAAUUAGAAAUCUCUCUGAAAGCUCUUUCGAAGGUGAUCAUGAAAGUUCUCUUCCACUGAUUGUACAGAGAUUGGCCAAACACAUCUCUGACCCAAGUGCUCUCGUCAUAGGCGAUGACGAAAAUGAUAUAGAUAGUGAAUAUGGAGUGAGUGAAAUGAGAGAAUUUGAAGAUGCUGCUAUGAUGAGUCAAAAUGAGAGCACUGCUGAUUCAUCAGAUGCAGAUUCAGUAAAUUAUGAUGAACUGUACGAUGCAGCAGCUGCAUAUGAAAAGAGGAUAAUGGGUCUGAGUGGUUCUCACAUUUCAGAUUCAGUAUUACCCUCAAAUGGAAAAAAGUGUAAAUAUUCAUACAGUAGAGCAUCACCAGUUAAACCGGAAUCUGGACAUGUGGCUUCUGGAAAACAGGAUUCUUCAAAGUUUGUAUGUUCACCACCACCAGCUAUUGCAAUAAGGAAGGAUAAAAAAAUAUUUUCAGCAAACACUUUUGGAACUCCUGACAUAAGAGUAGGGUCAUUUAGUGCACGUCUGUAUGGAUCCUCAAAAGUUCUCUUUUCCUGCUUGAUUCAGGGUUGUAUUUUUCAGAGUACACACGUGUCAAAUUUCUCUGAACAUUUGAGAACAAACCAUAAAAGUUCUUAUUGGGAUGGCUUUUGCCAGACAUGCAAAUUUAACAUUAAAGGGGAAGGGGCACGAAAUUCACAUGUAGCUCACAUAGUUGCAUUUAAUCACCUUCUUGAUGAGCACGUGUUAACAGAUAGGUGCUUUUUGAAUGAUUCAGGUGGAAAGAAAACCUUAUUAUUGGAUAAUCUACAGCAUACAGGCAAGUCUGAUGGAGCAGUGGACAGUGAAGUUAGUGAAUCGGAUGAAGGAAGUUCUGGCCUGGGUGAAAAUACUGCCAGUUCAGAAACUGGUGUGUUGAGCAGUGACACAAAGGAAGAUGGUGCCAGGCAUUCAUCAUCUGAAGAAAACAUCAAAGUUGGAAGCCUUUCUGGUAACAUACUGAGAACAUCCGACGGAAAGACUCCUGUGGCUGAAGGGAGACAGGUUGCAGAGGCAUAUUCAGUAGAGAAAGAUAACUCAUUAAAAUCAUCAGCGGAAGGGGCUGUGGAAUCAGACACAUCAGAAAGUACAGAUACCACCGACAGUACAUCUAGGAAAGACACACAAGUUUGUAAUCAGCCAAAGAUUUAUUUGCGAACUAGAAGGCUCAGUGGAGAUAAACUUUCGGGUCAUAAAGAUGGUCCAGAUGUCCAGUCAUCUCUUUGUGAUACUGAAAAUCUCAUGGCUGGAGAGAAUGACAGCAGUGGUGCGGAUGAUGUGUCAUUUAUAAAAAUUACAACUGUUGUGAGUCUCAACCCUAAUGCAGAAAAUUCCGUUGGAGGCAUUGAAGACUUGGAUAUUAUAGAAAAUGAUAGCACAGUAGAUGAAGACAGUGCAGAUACUACCUCCUGUGCAAUCACUGAUGCAUCACCACCAACUCAGGAAUCUCUGCAUCCUGAUUGCGUGGUCCCAAAAGAACCACAGGUGCUUAAUGCAGUGCUGCUGACCCCAGGAAUAGCUGUAUCUUCUGGCCAGUCACCCAGGAUGCAACUGGUGCAAAGGAUGAAGCUGACAACAGCAAGUGAUGUGCCUGUUGCCUCAAAUCUGAGACCGAAAGGUGCAGUGCAGUUGCAGCAGCCCAUCGUGUGGUCUGGUGCAGCAGGCACAGCGCUGACACCAGCACGAGUGGUUAGAAUUGCUCCCAAAGUAUCUCCUGCAGUUACCAAAGUCAAUCAGCCAACAGUACAGCACAUUAUUCCAAAAAGCAGAACUGAAACUCGUUCUCCAAAUUUACAAGCUGGAAAAAGCAGCUCCUCAAAGCCAAACAGCACAAGUGGCGAAGCUAGUCCCAACAAUGAAUGGUUACCCUCUCACAAAAACUUUAAAGUGCGUCACCAGAUGCUGACAGUAGACAGUCUCCGCAAUUUGUAUAAAUGUAUGGAUAAGAACUGUUACUAUACUGAGAAUGGUGGUCGCAAUUUCCUAAAUCAUUUAAGGAGUCAGCAUUUCAACAAAAAAGGUUCAGACUGGAAUCGUUGCUCUUAUUGUCCUUUCCGAGGUGAUGGCACAGCACAUGAUCUCAUACAACACAUCACAAGAAAACAUGGCCAUUGUCAGUAUCAGUGUGCAUAUUGUUUCUUUCGAGGAAUGGCAUGCAGCUAUGUUGUGUUACACCAGAACACAGGCCACAUUAACAAGCCAGUGAAGGUUCUGCUCUGUACUGAUAUAAAAGUCAACCCUCCAACAGAAAGUGAACUCGAGCCUCUUGUAUCUGUUGUACAUCCGUAUAUUUGUGAUCAAGGAUCUUGUGGCGAAAGGUUCUAUAAUCCAAAAGAUUUUCUGUUGCACUUACAAUGGCAGCACAAUCAAGUAUCCACCUUGACUUGCCAUAUAUGCAAAGCACCCUGUCUGAAAGCUGCACGCCUUGUAUCUCACUAUAAAUUCCAUUCGAUUUCAUUGUAUCAAUGCCGGCAUUGUCCACAUGGGGCAGAGACAGAAGAAGAAAUUCAGCAGCAUCUCUGCAAUAUGCACCAUAAUUUACCAGCGCUUGCAGUGCUGCGUCAUUAUGAACCCACUAAGCAAUCCGCACCUGGUGGUGAUGUUAACCGGCUAAAGAUUGUGAAUUUGGAACAGUCUGUAUCAGGUGAUGUUAUAAGCAGACCUUCAGAGUCAGCUCCUGUUGCUGGAGGAGUGGUGACAAGCAUUCAGUCUGAAAUGUGUGCCCAGGAAGAUGAUGCUGGUACAAAUCAAGCUCCACAGGUUUUAUUUAGUCAAAUGACUGAAAAUGAGAUAAUUGAUGCUGUACAGAAUGCUUCAUUUGAAAUUGUAGAAAAUCAAGAAACAGAAGCAGCUCAAGAGAGUGAAGUAGCUGACAUUCCAGAAAAAGGUGCAUUACCAGGAAUUGCCCCUGUGCAAUUACCAAAAGACUCAUCUGCGCUGCAAGAAACAAAUAUAAAAGGAGAGGUUUCCGACAGUUCUCCUUGUAAGGAACAAGCUGUGGAGAAUAAUGAUGACGAUUAUGAUCAUGAUGAUGGUGUGGAUGAGGAUGAUGAUGUUCAGGUACUUUAUUAUCAGCUUGCUACGAAGGGUAAACAAUGUAGUCAUGUGGCUUGCAAAGGUAGCUGUAAACUUAGAAAGUCACACCCAGGAAAAGAAUCUCCAGUUAAUAAGUUGAAGAACUCUGUGAAUGAAUUAAUAAAAGAAACAGACAGCCAAAAUUCAUCUGAUUCAGUAAUCUUAUUGACAAAGUCAUGCCCAGAAGCUACAGCAAAAGAAAGUGAACUUGCACAGGAACACACAAACUGUGAAUCAUUUCUUGGGUCCACACCGAACAAAUUUACUACUAAAAUUUCCAUUCAGAAUGCAGAGAGUGGAUCUAACAUUGAUUCUGAGUCUGAAACAAAUUCUUGCGCAGAGUCUGUGAACACUACCUAUGGUGCAGUUAAACCACAAACAAUCCAGGCCUCUGAGGGAUCUGCCAUGACAGAGGACAGUGUAAUACAAGGAGACCAGCGGAAGCAGUUUAUGGCCUCGGGUCUUACAGGAGAGGACUUGUAUUUGUGUGGCAAUGCACGCUGUGAAUACCGGGCAGCAACAGCAUCUCAGUUACGGGAGCAUUUGUGUGUGUGUGAUUUGUCACGUGAAGGUGUUCUCAGGUGUCCCCAUUGCUCUCGCCCUUUCAAAGCUUUCAACACAUUGGUCGACCAUCUAAGAAUCCAUGGUGUACCACGAUACUCGUGUGCUCUGUGUACAUACCGUGCUACGGCUCCAACAGCUGUUGCCAAGCACCUCAAACAUCAACAUAAAGUGUCCUGUACAGAAACAGUACCAGUUGACCGUUUUCUCAAUAACCAUGAGACGGAUAUGUUUGUAGUCUGUCCAAAGGGAAAAGGGAGACCAAAACGUAACCCAACUGGCCGUGUGGUCAAAACCAUUUACCGACCGGAGGAGAUACAUCUACUGCCAAUGAGUGCAAUUCUGAAAGAUCCUAUAGAGUGUUCAGUUUGCUCUUUCAAAACGAAAGUGCGUAGCAACAUGAAGCGACAUUUAGGCCUGCAUUUGGAUCCAGAUGUUGACCCUGCAGACAUUCCCACAGUGGAGGUUGUAAAUCCUGUUCCAUGCCUUGAACGGAAUGAAAAAAUGUUUGACAAAAUGACUAAUCUGGCUGCCAGUUCUAAUAUUGGUGUUCCAAAGCCAACCACCUCAGGGACCAGUAGCGGUUCUGGGACUGCAGUGACUGCUGGUGCAGCUAAUGAAGAGGGACAGUUGCAACAGCAACAAUAUGUUGUACCACAAUAUGUGGAAGAGCACAGAAGAUAUGUUUGUAGUGCAGCAGGUUGCAGCUAUCUUACCUGUAGCGAGGCAAUGUUGAGGCAUCACCUCCGUGCAUUACACCUGGAUGAAGUAGUCUAUCGUUGUCCUCAUUGUCCGCCUUCUGCGCCUGAAGUUCCUCUUGAAAGGCUGGGUGCUCAUUUACGUAUGCAUGGCGACCGCCUUUAUGGUUGUGCUCACUGUCCAUACUUUCACUUCCAGCGACAUAUAGUAGAGAGACACCUUGUUGACCGGCACCCAGAAAAGAGAGCUUUUGUUGUUGUGAUAAGAGAGAGUGAGGCCGCCCAAGCCCAGACCUCAACAGAAUCAACAACUACGGGUACAGCUGAUGCACUGUUCUCACCACCACAUGCACUAUGGGUGUGUGGUCUUUGUGAUGCCCAGUGCCAGUCAAGAGUAGAUGUCCUGGACCAUGUAUUGGCAGCACAUGGCAUCAAGAGUCAGUACAAGUGCAGUCUUUGUGCAUUCCGUACUUCUUCCAAAACUAACUUCGAGCCACAUUUUGUAUCACGGCAUCCUGGUGAAAGACCAUACAUUAUGGAUGUCUACCGACGUGUUGAAAUGGGGGGAGGUGGUGUCGUGGCUCCUGCUGUUUCCACGGAACCAACUUUUGAUACUAGACCGUUGUGGAGUCGCAACUCGGCAGGUGUCCGACAUAUCCGGGGAAUACUCAUAGAAGAAGAAUCUCAAAUUAAAGAAAAUAUUACAGAAAUUACCGACACUGCCAGAAAAGUGACGUUGCAAGUAAAGAAGGAAAAUGCAGACAGUGCCCUCCAACGUACACCCACAUCUGGAAGCAGUCAAAUUAAGAAGGAAAUAAAAUCUGAAAUAAAACAGGAUAUGCAGGAGGAAUCCACAAAUAAGCAGUCUGAAGAUAAUGAUAGAGAGCUAGUGGGAGCAUUUGGCCCCUAUGGCAAACCAGCUGCAGGCAACUUAUAUGUUUGUACAUUGUGUGAAAGAUACAAAACGAAGUUCCGGGGUGAUAUGAGAGAUCACUUAUACAGAGAGCUGAAUUAUUCCAAGUGGGUAUGCACACAUUGUCGACUGAUGUCUUGCAGUCGCAGUCAUCUUCAGAAGCAUUCGGCAAAAGUUCAUGAUAAGAACCACAAACCUGAAGCCAUAGCUGCACUUCCACCAGACAAAGAAAUCGAAGAAUGGGUGGAAAAGGUACUGACAACACAGUAUUCACUAAUGAAGCAGCAGAUAAUAGAAUCCCAAACUAGUCAGCCAUUGAAGAAGCCUCUUCCAGUGGGAAUAAAGAGGAGCCAUUCAGAAACUCAGUUGCAAGAAGUACAUGUAGGUGGAACUGGCAGUCCAGGUAGCAGUGGAAAGGAAGAACAAGAUGCUGCUUCUGCUACUACAUCUCAGCCGACAAAGCGGGCAGCUGCCUUGCUGGCUAGGGCAUUGUCGCAGACGUCGAUGCUUGAUUUGUCAGAGCCCUUGCCUCCUGGUUCACCAGUAUCAUCUCCUAAGGGGUCAGAUAUUGAAGAUCCUGGUCUAGAAAAGAAGCAGGACUUUACUUCAUCACCAGAACAUAAGAAGAAAACCACAUCAAAGGAACCAAAAAUAACAUGCAUGGAUUGCGGUACAAAAUGUGUUAAUGUGCGCGGACUGAAAUUGCACAUUAGAAUGAACCACAUGUGUACAGCAAAGUGGUUGUGUGGACAUUGUCGCCAAGGAGGGUCUACUGAAAUGGCUAUAAAGCAGCACUGUCGUGUAAGACACCGUGGUCUGCCAGAGUUGGUGAAAUAUAAUGAAGAAGCUGCAUCACUGAAACUGGAUGACGAAUUCUGGGAAACUAAUUAUGGUCUUCCACCAAAAACGACGACGACUGCUUCUGCUUCUUCUCCUUCUCCAUUGGCACAUCAGCCAGAAUCUCUUUCGGAGGAAGGCGAUAGUCAGACAGAACUCCCAGAAUUGCUGACUGCAGAGGAGGCACGCCGCUGCUCACAUUGCUCCUAUAGCUGCCGUAGCCCCAGUGACCUUCGGAAACAUGAGAUGCGGCACUGGGUGCAAAAGCCUUUCAAAUGUGGCUACUGUAGUUUUGAAGCUAUAAGAGAAUAUGAAGUGAAAAAGCACUCUGAGAAAGUACACCCACAGCAGCCUGUAAGUGUAAAACAGAAGGAAGUGCCUCUCCAGCCUGACAUCAAACCUUUGCGGAUUAAACGUCAUCACGCUGGUAAUGCUGUGUCUAGUUCAAAUACAGAGUUAGAGGUAGAAGAUAGUGAAGAGCAAACUCCACAGGUAGCCUCAAGUGCCGAAAGUGAUUCUGAAAAAUCACCAGCUCAGGAAAGUGUAAGUGACGUAUCUUCAGUGCAGAAAAAGACAAAAAUAUUCCGCUGUUUCUAUUGUCCUCGCCGUGCGACUUCACUUGCAGUUAUACAUGAGCAUUGGCAGAAGACUCAUAAAACCAAGGCGGUGUGUGCUAAUGGUGUAACAAGACUGGGAUUACCUUUCAGCUAUAAGGAAAUGGCAGUUGAUGAUGUACUGAAAGGGAGCAAAAAAUUGCACAUGAAUCGUACAGCAUUUGUGUGUGUUUACUGUAAACGAAAAGGUUCUCGAUCCAUUCUGUUAAAACAUCAUGAAGAAAGCCAUCCAAAUAAAGAAUUCAGUAUUGUUGAAGCAACAGCACACCAUUACGAAUGUUCAAAGUGCAGUUUCGUGGCACUUGCGCUACAUGUGUUGAGAAGACACUUUGAAACGGAACAUCGUGACAGUGAAUUUAGAUAUAUUGUGAAGCCAUCGAAACAACCUGGUGAUGAAAGCGAUAAUGUAAUUGUAAGAACAGAGACUGCUGCUGUGAAACGUCCUAGUACCAGUAGUACAUUGUUUGAUGCUGGUAAUUAUGUAUGUCUGUUGUGUUGUGCAAGGACUGAUUCAGAGGAGCAAUUUCAUAGUGACCAUCAUAGUAUGCACCAUCCAAAUGUAGAACCAAAAUACUGUUUCGAAACAGCGGGUCACGAAGCUAAGCGCACAAAGUUUGAAUGUCCAAGAUGCUGUUUCAUUUCUGACAAUUAUGAGGUUCUGAAAGAACACCUUGAGCGACAUAUAAAGCCUUUCAAAUGUGGUUAUUGUGCACAGCAAUAUGACUUGGAGAGUAAGGUUGUUAGACAUUGCCAGUUUUCUCAUGUUGAUUGUGAUGUUAGGGUUAUUCACAUAAGGGAAUCAGAAGUGGAAAAUUUGAAGAAAUUAGUUAUACAAAGGAAUGUGGCGGAUGAUGAAAGUUUGUGUACUUCUGUGCCAGUGUCAGAAAAGAAAGGUAUGCAGAAUGUUCCACAUAGAAUUCGAAAUGUUGCUCGUAAAUCGACAGCAUUAUCUUCAGUUUCUGCUAGACUAUUAAUAAAAUCAUUGUCAGCCAACAGGUCUGAAGAGGACUCUGCAGAACCUUCUGAAAGUGAUGACUCUAGUACAGAAAGCCCGUACUCAUUUUAUGGACGAUCACCAUCACCCAUUGAUGAAAAUAGGUUGCUGGCAUUUGCAAAUUAUGGUGGUUCAGUGAUAAGAAUGAGUCUGAGUACAUUUAGCAAACUUUACAAUAUUUACCCCAAAGUGAAGGUACGAGAUUUGAAGCAUCAGAAAUUGGCACCCAUUUGACAAAAUGUUAAGGGUGUAAAAGGUGUCGUACCUUGCACUAGCAGUUCCUCUGUUUUUGCUGUUGAUCAUGAUUAUUGGUAUUAAAUAAUAUGUUCAGCAGAACACUUUCUUCAAAUAAGAUUGAACUUCAUUGCUUCAGUACUGAUUGUGGGCAUUUAAAAAAUGUACAGUGCAGUGUAAAAUAUGGAAACAAAGCAAAAUGUAAAGUAAAGCUGUAGCCCAUCAAACUGCAGCAUGGUUACUGUGUUCUGUAUGUCUUGUAAUUAGGAGUAAUUAUUGUAAAACUAAGAAAUGGAAUUCCUUUUAACUGUGAUCAUUUAAAAAUAGGAAAUAUUUUUUUAUUAGUUGAUAAUACUUCAAAAAUGUUUUGUAAUACCAAUAUUUCGCAUAAAUACUGUGUUUUUGAUAGAUAUUACUUGUUAAUAUAAUAAAUACAUCUACCGUGCCUGCAGAUAAAAUGCUUGUUCAUUGUCAGUUAUAUUAUAGUCCUUCGGUUUCCAUGUUGUAAAUAUGUAGCCAGUGUAUUAUAGUUCAUGCUACAUUGAUAGUGGUAUGUAGAUACGAAAAUAAGUUAGCGGUUCACAGUUUGCAAAUUAUUGCAAAGCAAUUCCUUAUACAGUAUUUACUGUAAACUGUAUCACUGUUACUACAGGAUCUAAAUUUUUUUGUAUGUUGAAGUUCAUUAAAUGCGUUUACAGUGUAGCUUGUGCUCAUUUGACACAAGUGAUAGUAGUUCUGUGUAAAGCUUGAAAAAAUAAUACCCAUAAUGAAUUAUUAGAUUACUGCUUACAUUUCUGUGACUGAAAAAUAAAAAU